AUGAAUCCUAAACAAGUUGUUGAUAAAAAGCUCAAAAAAGGAGAAACUGGGGCAGCUGAAAGCAACUCAGGUAUAAUUAUCCAGAAGUGGAAGGACAAAAGAGAUGUGCUUACCUUAUCCACAAAACACACCGAUGAGUUACUAAUCAUCAGAUCUGGCAAUAAUAUAGAAUUGCAAAAACCUGCUGCUGUGGUUGACUACAACAAACAUAAAGCCUAUAUUGACUUGUCGGAUCAAAUGAAGUCUUAUGCCACCUAA